AGUCUUAUGAAAAUACUUGUCAGUGACGACUGACUUGUCCGUUUUCCUCGUAAUCCGUCUCGCUAUACGUCCGAUUCGCGUCGAUUUUCAAACCUACUGAUCUCAUUAUCAUUCGGGAGUUAUGUGCGUGUUUAAUAAUAUUGUUGUGUAGGUAGUGUGACAAAACUAGAUUUUUUAACCAAUUGUUUUCUGGUUGCUGUAACGCGAGUGCUUAAGUAGGUACAUGUUGUAGUACAGUGUUAAAGUUAAGUUUUGACGAAACGAGUACGGAACACAGCCGAGCAAACAUUGAUACUAUCACCAUUAACUCGAAAAUGUGUGACACCCGUUCCAUGAAGAUUAAAGCUCUUUAAGUGUACCUACAUUGACGGAAAUCGGUGCAGGUUCGUGGUUGUCGUCUCGUCGAACGACGGUUGUCUCCGGCUGCAGUGUCUGCCCUCCGUUAUAAUUCCGGUAUGGUGACAACGAAAUAAUAAUAUGACGAUGGAUGACGUCGUGGGAGGCAGCACUGCUGCGCGGUCCAAAGUCUCGCCGCUGCCGUCGUUUCGGGUAGUUUUCGCUCACGCUUCGCGCAAUCACGUUCGGUCGUUCGAGCUCCGGUGUAUUGGCGUCCGGCGAUAUCGCGUGCUAUAACUGACGUCGUUGGUCUGUGUCACUCGCUGUCCGAUAGUAGAGACAGGAUAUACUAAGAAAAUUUCAUUAAGCUGUCCUCCAAAAUUGAGCCCAGAGAAAUUAUAAUCAAUUUAUUUUUCGAACAAAACAAAAUGUUGGGCGGCUGAUGUCUUGCGAUUUCAACACGUAUUCUAUUGAAGAAUAACAAAUAAGAAUGUAGAAAACUCGUUGCCGUGUUCCAAGGGUAUAUAGACCAAAAACUCUUAUGCAUUCUCCGAAGUACCGUGAAAACGCAAAAACUACGCACAAGCUGCAAUAAGACCGUUCUUACUGACAUGGCGAUGAGAUGAGAUCCAAUGACUGGUGGCCGUUACUGUGGAUAUGCAUAUUCCUCUGGUUCCAUGCACAUUCCAUUGGUGGUCAAUCAACGACACCAACUAUAAUUACAACGUGUCCGACUCAGGUUUCUGAUCAGUCGUGUUCCUGUUACGACUUUGAGGACGGAAUUUUUCUCGAAUGUCCCGGAGCCACUGGAAGGGGUGUGCGCGAUGCACUGUCCUCUGUAGCCGGAGGUUUGAUUCAGUCACUGAGCAUCUACGACUUGGAACCUACAGUCUUUUCCUUGUCGGCAGACCUAUUUCCUCCAAACACCAAGCUCCGACAGCUACAAAUAUCCCACUCUAACCUGUCGGUGAUCCCAGAAGAUGGGUUGAACAACAUUAAAAGUUUAGAGACUUUUGCAAUGGUAUCAGGUAAACUCCGGGAAAUACCGCAAAAAACGUUCACAAGUUUGACUGCAUUGAAGACAAUUGAUAUCGAAUCCAACGAUAUCGCCGAAUUGGGUAGUUAUGCGUUCUCUGGAUUGCAAUUAAUUAAAAUCAACCUCAAGGGUAAUUCAAUACUUAAAAUAUCAGAGUACUCAUUCGCUGGUCUAGAAACUAGUCUCACCGAGCUUGAUCUGUCUGAUAAUAAGAUAAAAACGUUUCCGACAUCCGCCGUAAGACGGUUAGAGCGUCUUAUGUCCUUAAGAAUCGCAUGGAACGAAAUAGCGUCGAUUCACGACGACCGCUAUUCGUAUAUGAAAAGUCUAGUACAGCUAGACCUGAGCUCUAAUAACUUCGAAUCAGUUCCUGAGGAUGCAUUCCGUUUAUUUCCUAAGCUCAAGAUGCUGUCUCUUUACUACAAUUCAGUUGAAAGCAUACAUAAAAGAGGUUUUAGCACUCUAAUUGAACUUGAAUCUAUCGAUAUAAGUCGCAACAAAAUAGUGUUCAUGGAUUUUAGUACGUUCAAGUAUAACAUUCACCUACGGACAAUAGACUUGAGCCAUAAUCAUAUUCAUUAUAUUAGCGGUUUGUUUGCUAAUCUUCCUGAACUUAGAGAACUAUUUCUUUCUGAAAACAAUAUACUAGAGAUCUCAGGUGACUCAUUUUCCAAUUCUCCAAAGUUAUCAGUGAUAUACAUUCAGCAAAACGCUAUCAGAAUAAUCGAAUCUGGUGCUUUUUCAAGUUCUCCCGAACUAAUGCAAUUGUAUUUAAGUGACAAUUAUAUAGAAGCCAUAGAUGCCAAUGUUUUUUCUUCUUGCAGCAAACUUACAUCAUUGAGCUUGGAUAACAAUCACAUUGCUAAAAUCGAAAAUGGUGCUUUCCGAAACAACUAUCGACUCAAAGAACUCAGAUUACAAAAUAACAAACUAACUAAAAUAUUACGAACGCAAUUCGAAACGUUACCCGAUUUGUUGGAGCUGCAUUUGCAAAACAACGCAAUAAUGGAAGUUGAACCUGGAGCAUUUAAAACGCUCAAAAGUCUACAACAUAUUAAUCUCCAAAACAACGUCCUCACUCAUUUAGGUGACGUAUUCCUACAUGACGCACCAUCAUUAGUGUCCAUACAAAUAGAUUCCAACGUGUUGGCAAGCUUAAAUAAGUCACUUAAUGGUCAAUCCAAUCUAAAAGUUAUGUGGCUUAGUCACAACAAACUAACCAAAUUAGAUAAAUCCCUGUUUGCUGACUUAUAUCAAGUACAAAGGAUUUACUUGAACAAUAAUUCAAUCGAGAAUAUCGAACUUGGAACAUUUGAAUCGAUGCAAGCAUUAGUGUUUCUGGAUCUUAGUUUUAAUCUGUUGGAAGAAAUUACUUCUAAAACAUUCGCUGAACUCAGAGGGCUGAAUGAAUUGCACCUUACGGAUAAUCGUAUAUCUCGAAUAGACGCAAAUUCAUUUGCGGCACUAAAAAAAUUGACGGUUCUUAACUUGUCCAACAAUCCAAUCACGAAAUUGCAUAAGUACAUGUUUCAAAAAGAUUUACCCAUUCAAAAUUUAUAUCUCAACAAUUGCUCAUUAAGAACCAUUGAUAACGGAACAUUUUCUAAUUUGAACGUUCUUAAUGAACUUUACCUGAAACAUAACUACUUAUUUGCCGAUGCAUUACUUCAAGUGGACGUGCCUACAUUGACUGUAUUGGAUGUUUCUCACAACAAUCUAGAUGGCCUUAAUUCAACUGUCUUAAAAUACCUACCUAACGUAAAACGCGUGUAUUUAGACAACUGUAAUAUAGGUCAAAUUUUUCCCACGACAUUCAAAUUUAACCUCGAAGUUUCUAUGAUGUCUUUGUCCAACAAUAAACUGACAACUUUACCUAUAGAGUUAUUUAAAAGCCAGACUAACUUAAACAUGUUAAAUUUGGACGGAAACGAUUUUAAUACUAUGCCUUAUGCUACAUUAGCGAACUGUGAAAGUCUACAAAAACUAUCUGUGGCCAGAAAUAUGUUAACUGAAUUGGAUAUGACAAAACUAACUCGUAUGAAGAACCUUCAAAGUCUCUCAAUUUCUGAAAAUCGAGUUCAAAUACUUGCUGGGUUUCCAUCUUCAUACUUCACGCUUUUGACCGAUUUGAACUUGUCAAACAAUGUACUAUCGUCUUUGCCACUAAAUUUUUUUCAGUCACUUGAACAUCUAGACAUGUCAAAUAAUCAUUUCAGGAAAGUACCUCAGCUUACCAAAAAUCUCCAGUUCUUGAAUCUUACUCACAACCCACUAGGCCAAAUACACGAAACAACAAAACCCAUGAUGAUAGAGCACACUGACUUAGAAGAACUCCACGUAUGUGGAACGAAUUUAUCGGUGCUAGCAAGUAACGAUUUCUUGUCAUUUACGAAUCUUCAUCGUUUAUACAUGUCUGAUAAUAAAAUAUCGAAAAUAUCCCCCGGUACGUUUAGUGUUCUUGAAGAACUACACACGCUUGACUUGAGUAAUAAUCGUAUGGAAUAUCUACCCCAAGAAAGACUACAGGGACUAUCACAUCUGCGAUUGUUGAAUUUGUCACGGAAUUCAUUAAAAGAAAUCGAAGACCUUACUUCGGAUUUGAUAUCACUGCAAGUACUCGAUAUUUCAUACAACCAACUGGAAAAAAUCAGCAAAGGUUUGUUCCGAAACUUGGAAAGCUUGGCUGAACUACAUUUAUACGGAAAUUGGCUAUCAAUUAUCUCUCCGGACGCAUUUCGAUCUUUGAAAAAACUUAAAACGUUAGAUUUGGGUAAAAAUAACUUCAAAAACUUGCCAAUAAAUGCUCUUCGGCCGUUGGAAACACAAAUAAAAAGUUUGCGAACAGAGGAAAACCCAAUAAACUGUGAUUGCGACCAACAAGAGCUAUGGGAAUGGAUUAGAGACCAUCAAAAGUUAAUGUCCGAUCUAAGCACGAAAGGUUUGAUCUGUAACCAUCCUCCGGAACUCAAAGGACGGAAAUUCAUGGAACUUGAGCCUCCUGCGUUUUGUGCCAUGCCUGUCGUACUCAAACUCGCCAUUCAAGACAUUCAGCCGUAUUCAAUCUUUGUGUCAUGGAAAGGGAGAAAUCACACAGGACUACACGGUUACAGAGUAGCGUAUUAUCCAAUCGAAGAUCCUGAUUAUCCUGCAGCAGCCAUUUCAUCGAUCGCAGUAAUACCAAAUAUCAUGAACAAAUUUCUCGAUAAAAACACUCAGACUACUCUCCUGGACAACCUUAAACCAGAAACCCGCUACUUAAUUUGUGUGUUGGGUCUGGGCAAUUGGAUACCGAUGAACAUUUCACACCAUCUGCAGAAUGAUGCUCAGAGUAGCCGCUGUACUGAAGUGAAAACAUUAGAAGGCGACAUAGCAUAUUACUCCGAUGAACAUCGCAAGAGCUCAAUACUGACGAGGCGAUUAGGUCUGAUAAUCGGCAGCUGUUUGGGCUGUGUCGUGUUUAUUGUGUUGGUGUCCGUACUUGGGUAUCUCAAAAUAAAAAAACAAAGAGAAGACACGAAAAGAGAACAGCCACUUCCUCCAGAGUAUCUGUCGUACAGGCAUUUUUCUUUGCAUACCACCGACCCAAUUGUCACCGCUCCCGCGUUAGGUCAAAUUGGCCCUAUUACUACUGUACAUUGAAUGAUGUUUUGUUUAAUACUAUUCAUUAUUAUUAUUUGUAUAUUAUUGUUAAUAUUAAAUUAUACCAUGAUAUUAUGUUUGAUCCCAUAGUUAAUUGUUAACAAAAACAUGCCUAUAUAAUAUGAUGUACUUUUAUAAGAUUAACAAAAUAAUUAAUUACAAUGUUAAAUCGUUAAAUGUUUGUAAAUAUAUUUUUUUCCAAACAGAUUCAAAAAUUACAGCACAAUAAUUAUUGAAACUGUAAUUGUUUUUUAGAUGAGAUGAAUUUGUUUCAAUCCAUACAUAGACCCCGUAUUACAAAAUACGAUUAGAUCGCAUCAAUAGUUACAUAAGUUUCAAAUUAGCAAUGGUAUACGAAAUUUAAAAUACAUGCGUAUACGUAAUUUAUAGAUAUGUAUAUGUAUGCACUUCUCAUGUAUAUGUGAUACAAGUUUAAUACCACAAAGAGCUAUUAUAAGCAAUGAAGGCUCGACCAAUUUUGUUUUCUUUUUAAGUAAAACAUAUUGUUUUUAUUCUACCUAAAAACGUUUUUACACAAAAAUUCAUCGAUUUUGUUGAUAUGGGAACUGAAAUUAUAUUCGUACUCCCGUGUGUGUACUAAAUAUAUUGUUAUAGUAAACCAUUUUCGGAUUCAAAAUAGAAACUCGAGUUUGAAAAUGUUUCUAUUUGCGAUAAAUCUAUUAUACGAUAGUCGACUGCUGUUUAUUAAUUAAAACCGUUUUCAAGAGCAGUGGGAGUGAAGUCUAUAUAGUACACAUAUUCCUAUUAUACAAACAGAGAUAAGAAACUUUUACAUCCCGUGGCCUCUUAGCUACCCACUCAUCCUUCCAAGCGCCAUGUGCCCCCAAACUUUAAUAAAUGAUUGCGAUUUCUAAUCCAUUGCUUGAUUUACACCAAAAAUGUAUGCCCGACAAAAUCAUUCCUUUACUUUAUGCCGUGUGGUUUGAUCUCUGCGAGAAUAUCAUUUCGAACGUAAUAUUGAUCAUCUGUUAAUUAUUUCCAUCAAUAAACUGCCAAUUUAUUUUUCUUAACUUCCGAUUGUGUAGAAUUAAUCACCAUCAAUUGAUCUGCUUAAGUCCAAAUUUCAGUAAAAUCAACUUUAUUUUUCGUAAAUAAAUAUAAUACUAUAAGUUUUAACCAUGUUGAAUGUAUUACAAAGAAAUUUAUAAAAUAAUAACAAGUCUUAGAAUUUUUUUAAAUUUAGAUUAUUAGUUUGAUUUUGGUUACUGGUUUACUAGUAAAUAAAAAAUUUGGUACAGACCCAAAAUUAUUGACGACAAAACAACGAUAAACCAAAAUAAACAAUAAUAUUUUCCUUUAAGAUCCUUUAAAAUUGUGUUGUCGUGUGCUCAAAACUCGUGGUAUUUUGAAAAUCAUAUUUUUUUUAAAAAAAUAUAUAAUAUUAUAUUAUACAAUUAUUAAACACCAACGUCCGUCGCAAUUUGUCCAUACUUAUAAAUCACAGCAAUCAACAUUGAACGUAAUCGGUUCUCAUAGCGAAAUUGAAUCAGAUAAAUGUAUAAGUCCUACGCGCGUUAUUUUUCAAUUCAAUCUUCUUAUUUUUGAUUUUUUUAGAAAAAAAAAGUACAAUAACAUUUCAAAACGAUAUUUAUUGUUAUGUCUCGUUAGCGAAAUACUAUUUUGAAAAUAACAAGAAAACGUGUUUAUGAUUUUUUUUCUUGUGCCGUGUGCGAACACCAUUUCAAAUAUCAAAUACAUUAUGUCAUAACAAUCGAGUGUACAGAAAAGGUAAAAUUGUCCAAAAUUAACCCCGUUGCUGUACGAAAUACUUAUUAGUAUCGUAUUAUAGCACGCAAAAUCGUUUGUUGUCCCGAAAACCGUUUAACGACUUAAUUGCAUCACUACCCGAUUUACGAAAGCCGUCGGCGUUUCUCCUACCGAGCGACGUUUUAUUGUUUUGUUUGGUUUACAUUUAGUCGUCCGGUCGCGAAUGAGACGCUUUGUGUGUAUAUUUUGAGAAAAUUAGCUUACAAAUGAGUAAAACCAUAUUAUAGGUGCCUAGAAACCGCGUUUGUACCUCCAUCAUAUUAUAUAAUAUUAUGUUGAUAGUUAUACCGUGUUGUUAAUAAUAAUGUAUUAAUUAAAAUGAUGUGUAAUAAGGCCACGCAACAUUAUAUUAUUGUAUACCACAAUAUUAUAUUUAUAUUAUAAAUACCGAAAAUCGAUUAAAUCGAAUCGUGAAAUUUGUACGUUUUGUUUUUUGUUGAUUAAAAUAUUAUUGUGUUAUAUAUUGUUUACGGAUAUACUACUGGGUUAAACUCAUAUAACCUAUAUACCUACCUAUAAUACCUGUUUACAACAAUAUAAUAUUAUGUUAUAAAUACUUA